UCUCUGGUAUCAUCACCUGUAAUAUUUCAAUCAAUCGCUUUAAGGUAAACCAGGCUACAUCAUAAUACACAGAUGAAUUAAACCCUGAAAUCUAUGGGUCAUCCCUUACCUGAUGACUAACCUCCAUCAUAAACAAAAACAUCUAAGUUUCUAGUCUGCCCCCCAUACAAACAUGCUGUGAUUCAUGGGAUGCAUCAAGUACAUGUCUCUUAUCCGACGUUGCCUUGACAUGCAGUACGUAAGCAAAUCUGACAAGGAAGCAGAGGAUGAGAAUAGAGUGAAAGAGCGAGUAAAAGGAAGAGGCUGCAAGGCUUUUAUUGUGUAAGACUGGGGUAAGCAGAGUCCCGCCACCAGCCCGACAGGCCACACUGAACUGGUUUCCAUGACAACAGAAUUCUAAUGACUACACCCCUGGCUUUUGCUUUGAUGGAGAACGAUGCUACUGGAUCUCGACGUUUCCACACUUCGUCACACCUUUUCCCUUUCACAAUAAAUGUCAGACUCUUGUCAGGGCCCGAAAUACAUCAACAACUUCACUGCGAUUUAGCUAGACAGACUAUCUCUUAAAUCAUUAUCUUUUGGUCCUGUCCUCCCCCAUCCCCCAUCCCCCAUCCCUCCAUCCAACCUGCUCAUGCUCUCCCUCUGUGAUCCACCCAUGUGACCAUAGCCAGCUGUUCAUUGGCUGGCACCACGAAGGCAUCUGCCCAAUCGGUGCAGAUCACUCAUAUAAACAAGCAAAGCAGCAUUCUAAGGAUUCAGAACUGAGUCUUUCUUUCAGUGAGGAGUCAAUGGGAAAUACUACAUUGGGUUCUACUACUUUGUUUCUCCCCUUUCUCAUACCCACACACAGACGGGAUCUUCUCCUUUUGAGAGAACUAUCCUUGCUGUAGGACCAUCUGCUGUCGCCUGCAUCACUUCUUUCGCCCCAUUUCCACUGUGACCAGAUUACAGUGUUUAUGGUUCAUUCCUUUUCGAUAUACACAUGCAAAUUUCAGCACUGACACAUGGACACGGUGUGACAUGUGGAGAAAAAACAGAAGUGGUACACCACCCAAAGUGUCACGCUGCGGUUUAACACGGUGGACAGUGGCAGGCCACACAGGCCCUUGCUGAAGUCAGAGAUGUUAAGCCAGGACGACCCCAAAUCACGGCCAAUGCUAGAACUACGAGAGAAACUCCAGCCAGAGGUGACCGAACUGAUUAAACGGCAGAGGUUGAACCGCCUGUGUGAAGGGACUUGCUUUAGGAAGAUCAGUGCUCGUCGCAGACAAGACAAGUUCUGGUACUGCCGUCUAUCACCAAACCACAAAGUGUUACACUAUGGAGACAUAGAGGAGUUCUCACAAGGACAAAUAUCACAUGACUCUCUCCAGGAGAAAGUGACAGUAGCAGAUAUCAAAGCAGUGAUAACAGGUAAAGACUGCCCACACAUGAGGGAGAAAGGAGCACUUAAGAAUAAGGAGCUGCUGGAGCUGGCUUUUUCCAUUCUCCAUAACUCUGAUGAAUAUCUGAACUUCAUUGCUCCAGACAAGCAUGAGUACUGCAUUUGGACUGAUGGCUUGAAUGCUCUUUUGGGAAAAGAGAUGACAAGUGAGCUUACAAAAUCAGAUAUGGACACUCUGGUUACUAUGGAGCUGAAACUUCGCCUCUUGGACCUUGAAAACAUUCAGAUUCCUGAUGUUCCUCCUCCUGUUCCCAAAGAGCCCAGCACUUACGACUUUGUUUACGACUUUACCCAGCAGCACACUUGAGACUGGAAUAAAGUCCUUACUCAAGCUGGUAAUUAGCUGUAAGGAAGGAGUGCUCACAUUUUUGCUAUCCCCGUUUCCUCUCUUUCCCAUUAUAUGGCGAAAAUCAUGUUCAGAUCAUACGUUUUCCUCUAGAUUGUGACUAUGAUGUGAUGCUUUAGUUUUCUAUUUCCUUUAAAUGCCUUUCAUGACUUCUGAAAAGAGAAACUCAGUAACAUUUCUUGUUUUAAUGAACACUCAACUUGGCAUCAGUCACAACAUGUAUGUGCAAGUAUGGAGUCGAGAAUGGAUUUGUUUCACAAUCAUAUUAAAAUUCGGAAGCUACAUUAAGUCAUGAACACAUACAAAUCACUCAAGACAGUUACAUUAUUGUGCUAGUCAUUAGACUUAAGAAUGAUUCCAGAGUCAACUAAAUCACACUGAACACACACAGCCACGCAUUAAGCUAGAAUCAUAGAAGCAGGUGUUUUGAAAACAGAUUAUUUUACCCUUUAAGAUAUAAAAGGUCUUUGAUUAACUAAGUUGGACACAUUUUCUCUUCCAAAACAUGUGACGUGCUUUCCUGUUACCCAAUAUACAUUUUGCAUUAAAAUAAAUUGAGCUGUUUAAUCAUUA